AUGAGCGCCAGAACAGACGCUGAAGCCGAGCAGAAUCGGAUGUCCUCGGGCAUUACACCAGAUUCGCUCGGCGCAACACUGCGCGAGAAGUUGAGCGCCGUGCACGUCGAGAUCGUUGAUCUGUCAGGUGGCUGUGGACAGAUGUUCGAGGCGAUUAUCGUGUCGCUGCAGUUCGCGAAGAAGACCACAUUAGCACGGCAUCGACUCGUGAAUGCGACGCUGAAGGAGGAGAUUGCUGCGAUACAUGCUUGGACGCCGAAGUGCUUUACGCCGGAAGAGUGGGAGAAGAAGAAGAAUGGUUGA